AUGUUCAUUGCACGGUCUGAGUAUGACCGUGGUAUCAAUACCUUCUCCCCGGAAGGACGUCUAUUCCAAGUCGAAUACUCGCUCGAAGCUAUAAAGUUGGGAUCAACAGCAAUCGGAGUCGCAACCUCAGAAGGUGUCGUCCUUGGUGUCGAAAAGCGGGUAACAUCAACACUCCUCGAGACAUCAUCUGUGGAGAAGAUUGUCGAGAUAGACCGGCAUAUUGGAUGCGCAAUGUCCGGUUUGCAGGCCGAUGCCCGGUCAAUGGUUGAACAUGCUCGUGUCGAGAGUCAAAAUCACGCCUUUAACUAUUCAGAACCGUUGAAGGUUGAAAGUUGCACGCAGGCUAUAUGCGACCUGGCGCUCAGAUUCGGCGAGGGUGCUGAUGGUGAGGAGAGCGUGAUGAGUAGACCGUUUGGUGUUGCGCUGCUGAUUGCGGGUUAUGAUGAGAGUGGGCCACAACUAUAUCAUGCUGAACCAUCCGGGACUUUCUAUCGAUACGAUGCCAAAGCCAUCGGCUCUGGAAGUGAAGGCGCGCAAGCGGAACUUCAAACUGAAUAUCACAGUUCCCUUACCUUAGCAGAAGCUGAGACCCUUGUUCUAAAGACAUUGAAGCAGGUGAUGGAGGAGAAGCUGGAUGCUAAAAAUGUACAGUUAGCUAGUGUGACUAAGGAUAUGGGAUUCCGAAUUUACGGGGAAGAAGAAAUGGGACGUGUUGUGUCGACUUUGGGAGGAAAUUAA